UUUCGUCGCAAACAGAAAAACAGAACGCACAACACCGUUCUCGUCUAAUCUCUCUCUCUCUAAAAUGGCUCGAUCUUCGUCUCCGUCACUUUCUCUCUCUAGGUGCCGAUUCGCCGCGGUUUCGCUCCUCCCUUCGUCUCGGACCAUCUUCUUCCGAUCUCAAUCCUCGAACCGCCGCUCUAACCUCGGGGAGCUAAUUGAGAUCGACAUCGCCGCGUCGCAGUCGCAGUCUCAAUCGCAAUCGGAUCCUCUUUCGCAGAAGCUGGAGGACGCCGUGCACAGGAUAAUGGUGCGCCGAGCCGCGCCCGAUUGGCUGCCUUUCCUUCCCGGCGCUUCGUAUUGGGUCCCGCCUCGUAGAUCCCAGACUCACGGGAUCGCUAAGCUCGUCGAGAAGCUGGCGAAUCCCAUCGGUGAUGAGGAGUCUAUCUCUAUCUCGUCUGGUCGUGGAUGGCCUUCCUCCGAUUACUUCAUCAAAGGUGUACAGCCUGAAUCGGUGGAGACGGAGAUGGCUUCAGGUACUGCAUCUGAGGAUGAGGAAGGGUAAACAACAAAAACUCGUUAAAACCAUUGUCUGGACUCUUCAAGAUUUGUUGAUUUUAGGAACCACGGAUCAAAGAAGAAUUGAACCACCAAGAGCGGAUGUGAAGACGUGACAUGGUUUAGACUUGAAAGAUAAGGGUAGAGUAAGCAAAACCUUUUACAGAGACAUGAGAUCCUAUCAAGUUCUGAAAUGUAAAAAAAAACC